AUGGCGUCAAAAUAUCGUGAUGUUUCUGUAAAAUUGGUGCGAAUUCAAUUGUCCACAAAUAGUCCAGUAGUAAACUACGAUCAUGAUGUGACAAUUGGAAUGCCACGAGACCCCGAGACAAAUACAACAUAUCUUCGAGUUGCUGUAAAUCAAAAGUCGAUUUUUCAUGAAGAACUCGAUCUUUUUCGGUGGCUUGAUGAUGCUUCCACAAAUGGAGUUGCCGUAAUCAGUACAUCAUCAACUAAAAUUAUUAGUCUGUAUGAUGCAACAAAUCAAGCCACAUCUGCAUUUUUCGAAGAUAUGAAAACAUUUCUUAGACAAGAACCAGCAGAACAAUCUCAUCAACCAAACACACAAGGUCAAAGGGAAUUGGCUAUUCAAAACCUUGUCUCUUGUAUUGAACAAGGUUCUUCUAUAGGUGCUGAAACUGCUGCAAAAUAUUUAGCAAGAUCGCGAGCGAAUAUUGAAUUUAAUUUGAGCAGUCCUAAGGAUAAUGCAGAUCCAAAAAGUUCAAUCACGCCUUCAGCGGCAGCGGCAGUGCCAUCUAAUGUUCUUCAAUUGACACUACGUAUUGAAUGUCAUUUGAACAGAGAACCGUUGGUUGGAAUUAUUCAUGUACGUUCUGGCACUAAACUUCGAGUAUUGAAAGAAGAGAUCGAAACUCAAACAAAUAUUGAUCGUAAAAAUCAAUAUUGGUAUGCUUUCGAUCGAUUUAUGAUCGAUGAUGAUUAUGUAUUCGGAUCGACAGAACUAGUAGCGCCACCUACUCCAAGAAAUGCUCCGCGGAAAAAAGAUGAAACUCCAACCGAACCAAUUCGCUCUGGUGAUACUCUUAUUAUGUAUAUUGCACAAAUGCCACCAUACACAUAA